AUGCUCCACGACAAAGAAUCUGCUGGCACUCGAAUGUCUUCGCCCACCACUCCCACUCUGACAAGUACAACAAAGGAUCAAACGACGAGUUUGGACCCUCGGCGCCGGCGGAAGACUGUUUCUAUUGUCCAGCCAAGCACCCAUGCAUCGCAGAGCCAUUCGAUCGUCGAAUCAGCCCAUUUUUCGCGUCGCUCGACGAUGGAUUUGCCGUCGCGAACGAGGUACCCGGCAUGGGUACACCAGAUCGAGCCUGCGAGUCCAGCCGUGGGUUCCGACGACCCUGAAGGGCACUAUCUGAUCAAGAGCAAAUCAUCAGGCCGGCUGCGGUCUGCUGCGCUUGAAAGAAGAUUGACCAUUUCGGGAGAUCCUCAUCCCCGUGACACGGGGAAAGCUGGCGCGCUAACAUUCGCCGGCACCACGCCCUCAACGGCGCCAUUGCCUUCACCUUCACUUUCACCAUCUCGUUCGAUCCCUCCGACUUCGUCGCCCUCAUCUCCGUCGCGCCUUCACCAACCUGGUUCGCUGUCUCCUAUUCCCCGCCUUCCUCAGAGUCGCUUCAGUUUUGAGGUCCAAUCUCCUCUCCGCAAGAUCGCCCUGACCUCACACCUCAAGACUGCCAGCAUCGACCGCAGUACUCCUGCCCCAGAAUCGAGCCGUUCACCCAGGCACUCGUCCUUGUAUAACGGUCACCGAAGAUCCGUUCCAGACUUCCAUUCGUCACACCUUGAUACAGAGUCGGUUUCAGAUCCUCCAGUCGUCUCUUCCGCUGCGACCGCGACUGGGCAAGGGGGUAGUUCUGCGCUCCUUAACGGCGGCUCAACCCUCAGCGUGCAGAGUCCCAAUGCACCAAAGCGCCGCAAAUCGACAUUAUACUCCCAGCAGUCACCCCCGGAUGUGAAGAGGAGAAUGCCGUCAUCCACAGCGACCUUUGUUCAAGGGCGCUCGUAUGCCGACGAGAACGGCGCUGCCGCGAAAACCGACGAAUCUCGGUCCCGAAAUGACGAUAUUUUCUUGAACAUUGCGAGGUCCGACUCGAGCCGUCGCGAGUCCUUGGGUCGCUCUGAACUCAGACGGUCGCGUCUGAGGAUGUCCGGUACUGGAUUUCGCUCGUCUACCUCCCGCGUUAGUAGUGACCUAACACCGUCUCCCGAACAACUGUCCCGCUCAAAUACCUUCGAGAGCCCCUUGCAUUCGAAUUCGCAAAAUGGUUUCCCAUCCACUCGACACAGCUCAUUACCAUAUUCGUACUCGGCUUCUGCCCACCCUCUAGACGAAUCUGGUCGAUCGCCUCAGUCGAAUUUCGCCUCAAGCUCGCACUCAACGGUUGGACUGCCUCGCAGUCGACUAAGUCGUACCAACCCCGAAGAUGAACCAAUUUCUGAGCGACGCGCUUCUUUACACGAUUCACGCUCCUUCCGCCACUCCGGGCUCUCAACAAUCCGAAGUAGUCGACAAGCUUCGGCUUCUGAAGUCACCGAGAAGCCACGUUAUGAAUCCCGACAAGAUGGGACGGAAUCCACCCUUUCGACUACUGCGCCCUCUACCGUCUGGGAUGAGCUGGAAGAUCUCAAAUCGCGCAUCAAGAAACUAGAACUGACUGGAAAACUCCCUCCGUCAUCUCAGGAAGCCAUGCUCUCCUCUGGAGACCGACCGCGCACGGCGACAACGACGGUAACAACGAUGUCCUCCUCGCCGCGUCACCGAAGGACUAGCGUAUCAGGUGAAUCUGAUACUAUUACAGCUCCAAACCCGGUUCAUCCGCUUCUACAGUCGGCUCUGGUCAAGGUAAGGAGUGUGGUAAAUAAGGACGUGUACACGGCAUUGGAGGCCGCCGCCACGGAUGCAAUGGCCCUUUCACAAAUUUUGGGAGCAGGCAAAACACCGUCCGGAAAUGUCUCCAUAGUCAAUGGAUACGGUUCAGCGGAACGCCAAUCUCGACGGAAAGCUGAUAGCGUCUGUCGUAGUCUCACAGAACUAUGUCUCGCUCUGUCAGACGAACAUCAUACUAAGCAGCAGUCGUCGGGCGAUACUACAUUCCGAAUCUCUCAGUCGAAUACUACCGACGAAGGAACAGUAACUCCUACUACGCUAUCAUACCGUAAGAGUAUAACCCAAGACCACGAAGGAAAUGCACCACGACACAGCAGUGGCCCGCGUACCGCAAGUCGGCUGGAAGCGCGGCGCGCAAGCUUAGCGAACCAAGGCGACCAUUACCCUUCACCUGAGAACGCAGGCCAAAGCACCAAAUUGGCACACUCACCGAGUGCUCCCGUCACACCCGCCACUGCCAGUCGGCUAAGUCGGUUGUCCGUUUCGAUGCGGACAAAGAGGUUGCAGGAAGACGAGCCCUCUGAUUAUCGCAGCCCGCACACGCGCUCAGUUUCUAGAAGUAUGACCGACAUUGGAGCUGCCUCCUCAACGCAAAAGGCCUCACCCCGACAACAGAGUUCUUUUGGGUACCAGGCGCCACGGCCGAUUUCUGAUUCUCAGCAGUCCUCUCAGCCGCGUACCCCAACCAGUUCACAAUCCGGCAUACCCCUCCGCCGAAGCUUAAUGACCCCAUCCCACUAUACACCGGCGAUUCCCCGCGCGAACAUACAAGCUGGGUCUCGUCGCUAUGGCUUACCAUCAGCGGCUGGAAGUCCCGUGGAUGAUGUACCACUAUCACCACGCCAAGACGCUCCCCAGUCGAGAAUAUCCGCUCCCUCAAGCAAGCUAGCCUCCAGCUACACGCCCAUAACACAGAAUCGACUUCGCGCAAACAGCUUAGGCGGCCGAAGACUAGGCGUCAGGCGCCCAAUGUCAACAGUAGACACGAAGCAGUCCAAAUCCUUCAACGACAGCAUUGACUGA